UCGAGCGGUUGACCACGCCGCCGAGCGGCGUCGCGAUUCCCGACGGAGCGAGGAAAAAGCUCGAGGCAGGUCCGGCCUUCGUCAGAGCUGCGGUGAGCUUCCCUUCGGAAGCGAUGCGUAAGAAACGUCGUCCGUGCUCCAGUUUGGCUCCCAGCGAGGACGGUGGUAUGGCGCCUGGUUUGCCCGACCGCUCGAUGCAACAGUGCUCCAGCAGCGCGACUGUGUCCGGCGUCGCCGAACAGCGACUCGCGACGGCCAAGCCUACUCACAGCGACGAGUCUCUGGCCGAGCUGUUCGCCCUCAUUGAGAGCAACCCCUGCCUCUGGAAGAACGACUCGAAGAGCUUCAAGAACCUGCGACUUAAGCGUCGACUCUGGAACCGAUUCGCCGUCCACCUCCAAAAGCACUUCCCCAUGCUUGGACCGUUCACUGGUGAUAACCUGCGGUAUGUGUACAGCAUCAAGAGGCGGCAGUACUACGACGAGUUGAAGGACAAGACGGGACGGACCAAAACCGGAGAGCUCGAAUACACCGGUCGGUGGAAAUUCUUCGACUGCCUCAGCUUUCUGCGUGUUCAUUCGGAGCCCUUCCGGACCGCCGUGAUUAGUCCCCUGCUUCACUUCGAGAAAGAACAGCUGCUCGAGCUGGAUGAAGAGGGCGAUGAUGCGUUCUUGGACGACGGCGACGGAAGCGUCUUGGAACCCGACGAGCAAAGCAUCUUGCCUGAUAGCGUCUCGGCGCCUCCCGAGCCACUGGCGGUGACCAACGACGAGCUCGGAACGGGUGACGGCGUCGAAUACAUCAUCGACUCGCCUUCGGCUCCACCUCCCGCGAAAAAAGUCCGGUCCUCUACGACGAGCCUCGACGUUAAGCCACUUCUCCCUGUGGCCCCGUCCAGCACCAGUGGCAGUAGCAGCGACAACGCCGUGCCUCAGGUCGAGAGCUUGCAGUCACUGAGUCCCGCCGUCGGCGGCUACUACGACGAGUGCGACCAGUUCGGCAAUAUAAUUGCCAACUACAUGCGUCGCCUGUCGGAUGAGGACCGGCUUGAGUUCCACUGCCACAUAAUGAGCUGCACCAAGGACUUCUUCAAGUGCUUCACGCGCUUCAACGAUAAACGGCGCCCGUGACUGUCGUGGACAUUGGCGUGGCUUCCAAGCUGCACUGACGUUCUCGUCUCACGGAGUCAAUGAUUCUUUAUAAUUAAAGAAUUUCCUCACGUUUU